CGUACAGUCGGUAAUGAAGUAUUAUGAACAGACUGCGAUUGUCAUGUUCGAAAGAAAUUUGCAAUCAGGAAACGAAUAAUUAUUCAAACAAAAAUAGCAGCGAUCGCUAGAUAAUUGGAAUAACAUCCGUGAUGUUAUUUGAGAAUAAAUUUAAUAAUUAAGCUCAAUAACUAGUUUUCAUCAUGACAGCAGUGAAAAUUCAUGGUGGAAUUGACAUUUUGAGGCUUCCUGUUAAUCAAGAAGAACAUGUAUUUCCUCCGUGGCAUAUCAAAUACACACAGUCGCACAUACUUCAUUCUAAAUGUUCUAGGAGUGAAAAUGGUUGUGGCGAUAAGGAUGCUGAUGCCUGUCAAUUUUGCAUUUUCAGCCGUACUUUAGAACUGCCACAUAUGCCAGACAUGGUAUUCCCAAAUAAUAUAUUAACUUUAAAACAUCAGGAUGGUGCAUCUAUGCAAUUCAAUGCAUUAGAUGCUUUGAGAACUGUAUCAAAUGGAAAAAUUAAUAUUCAAUUAGCAUGUGCAGAAGCUUGGAAAGAAUCCAGAUCAGAAAGCAGUGAAUAUUUGGAAGAAAAAGUAAAACCAUUUGAUUGGACAUUUACCAGUAGUUAUACUGGGACGAUAUCUAAUUUUGAAAUUCAGGAAACUAAUGAACGAAUUGAUGUGGAUAAAUUAAAAAGAAGAGAUAAAAUCCUGUUUUAUCACGAUUUAACAUUGUUUGAAGAUGAACUUCAUGACAAUGGCAUUGCAGUUUGCUCUGUAAAAAUUCGAGUUAUGCCAACUAGCUUUUUCAUUUUAUUGAGAUAUUUUCUGAGAAUUGAUGGUGUAAUGUUGAGGAUAAAUGAUACGCGGCUGUAUCAUGAAUUUGGUCAAGAUUAUAUAUUAAGAGAAUAUACAUCAAGAGAAGCCAGGGUUGAAGAAAUACGCGUUCCACCAUCACUUUUUGUAGAGCCAAGCGAAAUAGCACCACAUUUGCCCUUAACUGGAUGUCAGUAUCAUAAGCUAAUAAUGAUGUCAAGUAAAACAGAAUUAGUCACAAACAACGACAACGAAUUGGUUAAUGAAAUAGUAACAGUCGAUGUAACAGCUGGAGCUAAUAAAAAUGAAAUAGACAAUUCUGUUACCUAAAAUUUCCAUUUAUAUGUAAAUAUAUGACAGUCUGAAACAA